GUCUGUCAUAUAAUCUGAACCCAAACAUCUUUUCUUCUCUCCACUGUGCGCCGUCCAGAUAACAAGGCCCUCACUCUCGCAUCUUUCACUCUCUUCCUCCAAGUAACAAAACUAAACAAAACACACCUCCUUCUUCGAAUAAGGAUGGCACACACUUGCCUUUUCACUCCCACUUCCUCUCUUAGGCUCAACUCCCUCGCUCUUUCCUCCACCCACUCGUCUUCUCCUCACACUUUCACCCUUUCCUCCUUCUCCAACCCUUCCCUCUCAUGGAAUUUAAGGAAAUCAGUCGAUAAUAGAAAGGCUACUAAAAGGUCUCCUGUGAAAGCAAUGUAUGGUGAUGAAUAUUGGACACCUGAGAGUUUGCGACAGGAUAUUUGGUCCAUAAGGAACGAUUUGCAAGUCCCAUCUUCCCCUUAUUUCCCUGCAUAUGCACAGGGACAAGGGCCACCUCCCAUGGUGCAGGAGCGUUUCCAGAGUGUCAUAAGUCAACUUUUUCAAUAUAGAAUUAUCCGUUGUGGUGGAGCAGUUGAUGAUGAUAUGGCAAACAUCAUAGUGGCCCAGCUCCUUUACCUUGAUGCUGUUGAUCCUAACAAGGAUAUUGUCAUGUAUGUAAACUCUCCAGGAGGAUCAGUUACUGCUGGUAUGGCUAUAUUUGAUACAAUGAGGCAUAUUCGACCUGAUGUAUCCACUGUCUGCGUUGGACUAGCGGCUAGUAUGGGAGCUUUUCUGCUUAGUGCAGGAACCAAAGGAAAGAGAUACAGCUUGCCUAAUUCAAGGAUAAUGAUCCAUCAACCUCUUGGUGGUGCUCAAGGAGGGCAAACUGACAUAGAUAUUCAGGCAAAUGAAAUGCUGCAUCACAAGGCAAACCUUAAUGGGUAUCUCUCUUAUCACACCGGCCAAAGUCUCGAGAGGAUUAACCAGGACACAGACCGUGAUUUUUUUAUGAGUGCAAAAGAAGCCAAAGAUUACGGACUCAUAGAUGGUGUCAUUAUGAAUCCUCUUAAAGCUCUUCAACCAUUAGAAGCUGCAGCAGAGGGUAAAGAUAGGGCUACUGUUUGAAACUGUUGCACUUUAUUCCCCUAGGCAUAAAAAGCAGUUUUAUACAAGAAAGCAGGUUUUUGUUGAGUUAAACUGUAUUAUUUUUUAAAACGGAUGAUGAUAUUUAUGUAACCUAGUACCCAAAGAAAGAUGAAAAGUGGAUACUAUUUCCUUUCGAGUAGUUUAUACGACAGGAGCUUUUAGGUGGGAUCCUAUUUCUUUUUUAUCUUGCAUGUGUAUGAUCUGAUAUGUUCUUAAUCCUCGUAAGUUCAUCCUGGUUAAAUUA